ACCUUCAUGAAUGGGCCCAUGAUCUUAGUUUUGUAAAAGGAUGUAAAUUUGAGUUAGUUGAAAUUCUCUCAGAUUUUUCAAAAUAUUUAGGUGCAGAUGGUGCAUGUUUGGUGAAAGUAGAUGGUUUCAGAAGCAUCUUUGAGAGACAAAAAAUUGGAGGGAGUCCUGUCACUUUCCAUAUCUCCCCGGAUAAUCUGUAUAUAUUCUCUCAUAAUAUCCCGGCAUAUAGGUUUAAGGGUGGAGAAAUUGAUAAAGUUGUUGAUGGGAUGUUUGAGCUUGAUCAGUUGGCCUUGCCUGAUAGUAUGUUUCAGGAGAUUAUUGACUCCCAAAAGGCACCAAAGAAUGGGAUUGCUAGUAGUUUUCCUAUUUCUAUUCCAUUGGGAGGACUUCCUUCCCCAAAAUCAUCUCCACAAGACAAACUUUUGAAGCCUAGUUGGUCAUUAAAUGAUUUUGCCACAGGUCAGGUAUGGGCUGUGAACAGUGGAAAAGAUUUUUUGCCACGGCAGUACACCAGAAUAGAUGAUAUAAUUUCUGAGAGCCAAGUAUGUGUGACUUUCCUAGAACCUCUACCCAUUCUUGACCAUGAGAUUGACUGGAAGAAAGAAAACCUACCCAUAGUUUGUGGGAAAUUUAAGGUUAGUGGAGCUAGUGUCAACCUUGAAAUGUCACAGUUCUCCUAUAAUGUUAACUGCCAAAAAAGUACUGUUGAGCCAAUCUACGAAAUUUACCCGCUAAAAGGUGAGAUUUGGGCCAUGUACAAGAACUGGAAUAGCAAAUGGAAGCGUUCUGAUUAUGAAAAUUACCAAUGUCAGGUUGUCGAAAUUCUGUCAGACUUACACGAAAGGGAUGAGAUAACAAUUGCCAGGCUGGAGGAGGUGAAGGGUUGCCUGACUUUCUUCCAUAGGCUACAAAUUGAUGGGUUUGAUGUCACUCAUCCAGUUUCCCAAUCAAAGAUGCUUGGUUUCUCUCACCGAAUUCUUGCCUUUAGAGUUCCUGGAAUUGGGAAAUAUGACAUUCCAGAAAGCUCUUGGCACUUGGAACCAAAUGCUUUACCUCCCAAACGAAGAAUAUGAUAUCAAGAGAAACCUCAUGGUGUUGCACCAUAUAAUACUGAACAUGAUUUCUAAACAUGCGUGCAUUCUCUACCUCUUGUGUUCAGUUCAGUGUAGUCUUUGUUGAUAAAGGAUUAAACUAGAAACAGUGUCACUCAUUAAAGAAUGUGGUACGUAUUUUUAUUUUGAAAAAGGUUAUUCUAGGUGGGCAGAUUUCCCUGUGAUGUAUAGAACUAUGAAUUCUAAACCAACACAAAUGUCAGGACAACAUGAAUGCCAAAGAGAUGUGUUUCAAGGC